AUGCGACAGGAAGCCCCAGAACAAACACCUCUAGAUAGUUCUUUGUCUGAACAUGAGAUACAAUUAAUUAUGAACUAUGGCAAGAGUUUCUAUGCCGAUGGAAUUACUGCCAUUGAAAAGGAAGUAAAAGGCCUAUAUGAACGUGUUUGCGCUAAAUUAGGCCUAAGAGAAGCCGAGACCGGACUAGCCCCACCUAUGCUUUGGAACCUCUACAGUGACAACCAGCGCAGUAAGACCGAAAAGACUUUACAAGUAGCUCGUUGCUGCAAAGUCAUGGAAAGUCCCGUUGAAGCCAAUGAUAGGUAUAUGAUUAGUGUUAAGCAAAUAGCUAAGUUUAUUGUUAAUCGUAAUAAAGGUCUAGCCCGGUCAGAUUUGGCUGAAGGCAUGCGGGUGGGUGUAGAUCGAGUUAAGUACCAAAUUAUGUUGCCAUUACCUCCUAAGAUAGAUAAUGCUAUUACUCUGAUGCAAAUUGAAGAGAAGCCAGAUGUGACUUACUCGGAUAUAGGCGGAUGUGUUGAGCAGAUCGAGAAGAUUAAGGAAGUAGUGGAGUUACCUUUAAUGGCCCCCGAAAGGUUCAUUAAAUUGGGAAUUGAUCCGCCUAAAGGAGUCCUUCUUUAUGGGCCACCGGGAACGGGUAAGACUCUUUGUGCCCGAGCGGUAGCCAAUCGAGCGGAUGCUGCUUUUAUUCGGGUGAUUGGUUCUGAGCUAGUCCAGAAGUAUGUGGGUGAAGGAGCACGAAUGGUACGGGAGAUAUUUGAACUGGCCAAAUCAAAGAAGGCCUGCAUUAUCUUCUUUGAUGAGGUAGAUGCUUUUGGGAGUACGCGUUUUGAUGGUGGAUCUAAUGAAGUCCAACGGACAAUGUUAGAGUUGAUUAAUCAGUUGGAUGGAUUUGAUUCGCGAGGGAAUGUUAAGGUUUUAAUGGCGACUAAUCGACCAGAUACGCUUGAUCCGGCCUUACUACGUCCGGGUCGACUCGAUCGGAAGGUAGAGUUUUCUUUACCGGACUUAUCAGGACGAGCGGCUAUUCUGAAAAUUCAUACGAAGCCAAUGAGUGUGGAGAAGAACAUUAGGUAUGAGUUGAUUGCCCGUUUAUGUCCGAGUGCAACUGGAGCCGAGUUAAGGAGUGUGUGUACGGAAGCCGGUAUGUUUGCCAUUCGGGAACGUCGGAAAGUAGCUACAGAGAAGGACUUCUUGCAAGCCGUAGAUAAAGUUAUCAAAGGUUAUGCUAAGUUCUCAUCUACGCCAAGGUAUCUCACCUAUAACUAA